UUCGUAAUAAAGCAUCCAUACUUGAAAUCCUCCUUUUAUUGGAUAAAUGAGGAAGUCCCUCCUUUCAUUUCAGUCAUUAACCAACAACAAUACCUACAUCGACUCAAUACCAUCAACAACAAAAACUGUCAAUACCCCAACAACAACAUCCUUAUAUUCAACCAAUCCCCCUCCUCUUCCCGAUAAUUUAAAAACAAUAAAAGAUUUCCCUAUCUCAACACAACAACAAAUUCAAAUUGACUGGGCAAUAGCUCAAAGACUUUUAUUUAAUCACCAAAAUAAUUUAAUUCAAGAAGGGGGAGGGGGAAGUAUAGCUUUGAGGUUGGCCGCUGCUUUUGCUGCUGCGGCUGCUUCGGGAGCUCAGGGAAAGGAUAAUAUCAACACUAAUUUAAUCCCAAACUUUUCUGCGGCUUUUGAUUUUGCUCAGCCUUCUAUUAAUUCAAGCAAGUCGUAUAGACGGAGAAAGGCGCGGACAGUAUUUUCUGAUCAUCAACUACAGGGCCUAGAACAACGCUUUAAUGGCCAAAGGUAUUUAUCUACUCCAGAGCGUAUAAGCCUUGCCGAAUCACUCAAUUUGAGUGAAACACAGGUUAAAACUUGGUUUCAGAACAGGAGAAUGAAACAAGUGAAUUUUUAUUUUUUAAUUUAA